AUGAAGUGUUGGAAGCAGCAGAGAGUCAACGCGGCGGCGACUGCGACCACGACCAGCCGUGUCGGCGACUCCCCGACCCCGACGGCCUCUCGAGUCUCUCUCUCAAUCCUUGCUUGCCCUCUCGCAGACCGCAGUCUCGACCGUCUCAGUCUACCACCGUCCACAGCACCGCCACUCGCCCGUCUCGCCGCCUCCCUCCCAUCCACCGUUUCUACCGCCGACAGCCACCACUCGCCACCUCCCACGCUCCAAAUCCGAAGCCCAAAGCUCCCAUUAAAUGCCACAAAAUAUAACCACCAGUUGAAGGCCAAAGAAAAACACUGGUAG